AUGAGGAACCUGUCGGAUGUUUUUGCAGAGGCAAUAUCUACCCAUCAGGUCCUUUCAUUGUACCAGGGCCUGGGAACCAAGAACUUGCAAUCUUUCAUUGCUCAGUUUGUCUACUUCUAUGGGUACAGCUACUUCAAAAGGUUGUAUCUGGAAAGGACUGGUUUCAAAUCCAUUGGAACAAGAGCUAACUUGAUUCUUGCUGCUGCUGCUGGGGCAUGUACUGCCAUUGUGACUCAGCCACUGGAUACAGCAUCAUCGAGGAUGCAGACAAGCGCUUUUGGAAAAUCAAAAGGGCUUUGGCAAACACUUACGGAGGGCAGUUGGAGUGAAGCAUUUGACGGCCUUGGCAUCUCUCUUCUUUUGACUUCGAACCCCGCAAUUCAGUAUACGGUGUUUGAUCAGCUCAAACAAAGACUUCUUAAGGAGAAGCAGAGUAAAAUGGAGAAGGGUUCAACCCCCGAAGCCCUUUCUGCUUUUUCCGCUUUUGUGUUGGGUGCGGUUUCGAAGAGCAUUGCCACCCUUUUGACAUAUCCAGCAAUCAGGUGUAAGGUCAUGAUCCAGGCUGCAGACUCCAGUGACGACGGGGCUAAGAAAGAGCGACAAAAAUCCCGCAAAACAAUAUCUGGUGUUCUUCAUGCUAUUUGGAGAAAAGAAGGGGUGCUGGGCUUCUUUAAGGGAUUGCGGGCUCAGAUCUUGAAGACUGUAUUGAGCUCUGCAUUGCUUUUGAUGGUAAAGGAGAAAAUCACUGCAACCACUUGGGUACUUAUACUUGCAAUCAGAAGGUCUCUACUGCUAACAAGGGGUACGAUAACAGGUGGAUGAGUUAGUUGGAAAUAUGGACUUCAUAGAAUAAACGAACUAUACAGUGCUCGAGUAGGAAGCUCUAG